AUGUCUGCUAAGAACGAUGGCCUUGACAUGUCAAAUUUGUCAGCAGACACCCGGACUUUAUACAGUCCUGGCCGCGAAGAAUUCGAAAUCCUCCAAGCUUACAAUUCUUUGAUCGAGGCCGGUGGUCGACCGGUAUGUCCGCUCGGUGAGACAUCACUCAUAUCUAAACAUCCCGGGCGAUACCUCGAAAUACUGGGCCCAUGGGUGAAUAAGCCUUUGGUCAAUCUGCCAAUAGAUUGGAAAGGAAUAUUUGAGCAACAAUUGUCCAACUGGCAUUUUUUCAGGGCUUGGCAACGAUCCAACAGGCAGUUGGAAGCGUUGCCAGACAUGUGUACGUCAGACGCACCGUUGCAUGACUGUAGCGAUGGAGGAGAUCACUCCUCAUAUAGGGGCGGCUACAGCUCGAGAGCGGCAAAGUUGGAAGCACAUUUGGCCAUGGCAAGAAGACGACUAAGUCACUGUGGAUUUACCAAGUCGUUCACUUUCGACUUGGACUUUGGAAGACAGGACGAGUGGACGACUUGGAUCGAGUACUUGAGUUUCGAGUGCUAUUGUUGCGACUUGCAUUCUCGAUCUCCACACCUCAAGCCAACCUCAUUACAUGAUGUAGAGUCGGGAACGAUCACAGAUCAUGUUGCCGUUCAGGUUCAGAAGGAGCACACGAGGAGGCAGUCUGGAGUUGACGAUUGCACUAGUGUUGGCACGUCGACCUCUCAUCUUGUCGGGGCCUGCAGCAGCCCGGCCGGUACACCAAAACAGGCUCAAUACGACACAUUUCCGUCCAGGAAUGACGCGUACAGUGCGGGUGAUGGUGCAGCUUCGAACAAGGACGGCAUCAUCCCCCGUUCAGGCGGGCUGAUUUCCCCUGGUUCUGGUGCAACAUGCAACGAAAUGGGAGGGGCUUCCGCAAACCUCAAUGACACAAAUCAUCAUAGCCUCAUCCUAAGAUGGGCUUUACUUCAGGAGCCAAAGAUUGCUGCCAAAUAUGCUACGAGCCAAGGAGGCACCAGUGCCGCUGAAAACAUCUGGUCAACCACUCACAGUCCGGGACGGAAGCGACAUUGGGACGGUACCCUCUGCAGCAAAAUACCUGUUGUGAUCCAAAAUGAAGCCUCGAGGCAAGCCAACAAUGGUAAUGGUGGUGAUCAGGAACACAAACGGUUCAGAAACAGUAUUUGA